AGAACAAUCCGUCCGUCAGGCCGCAAGGUACCGGUGAUAGGAGAGCGCGACAGACACUCCGCCUUCCUAUUCAUAUCAUCGCACAAAACAGAGGCGGGAAGAGAAACCGGCUUUAGGUCCGUCUCAAGUUGACACGAGAGAAAAGCCGCGAAGGGAAACUAUAGCGGCGUCUGGCAACUCCCUCCCGUCGCGCACAUUAUAAAAGAAAGAUCAUAUUCACUCCUGGAUCAGUUUAAGAGUGACCUUCGUCUUGUGUUGAUCAGUCCACGGACGAACACUGAACGACAAACUACCCUGGUCUCCGCGAAACCACUGGGAGUAACCAUAAAGAUGAAUAGGAUGCUCGUGGCUUUGGUGGGCGUGCUGGCGUGCAUCGCUUCCGUCACGUCCCAGCAGCACCCGCCGCAGGGACCAUGGGAGUCACUCACCCCUUCAGUCCAGCCCUCAGUGCAGGCCGCCCUCGCACAGCCCCACCAGGGACGAGAUCGCGCUCACCGAUGAGGAGGAAUUCCUGGUAUCAAACAUUCCCUUCAAGCUUCCCUUCAAAAUGGACAAGAAACAAACCGCAGUGGCCAUGAAGCUCUUGAAGGAAGCCGUGAAGCCCGUGAUCAAGAGUAAGACCCUGCAGGACACCGUAGCCUACAUCGACGAAGCUCUCGAGUACUUCGCUCACGACAGGGACACUCAGAUGUACAUGACUCUCUUCUUCGACUUCAUGCAGGACGUGUAUGAGGGCAAGCAGGCUGAGCGCGUGGACAAGAUCGUGCGUGGCUUCAUCACCGACAACAGCGACGAGGUUACCGCUCGCACCAUGCGCAGCAUGUGGGACUACCUGGCAGAGCCCGUCGACCGCUACUUCUUCGACACCAUGAGGAGCUAUUUUGUCAGGCCAAUCAGCAAAGCCAUGAACUCCUUCGCUGAGAGGAUUGGCACCUGGAUGGGCAACGACAAUGCCCUCCCCCAUUCCCCCUAUCCUCCCCACACCAGCUGGAGCAAGACUGUCAAGAACUACGCCCGCAAAUUCUCUGACAUGAGCAGACAAGCCCGACAGAGCCUAGCCUUUGCCGCCGACGUGCUCCAAGGAACAGGAUCAGGCCCGCUACUCCCACAACUCUUCGUAGAUGCUUCACUCUAGUAACUUCGACACCAGCACCAUGACGGACGCUCCCCAGCUCACCACCCAUUGCCCCAUAGGACAACUGCACCCUCAGGAAAUGUAGUAUUUUGCUCUUCGGGGGGCUGCUGGCGGCCUCCCUGCACCCAGCCCACCACUACAGCCCUCUCCACCACCUCCUCCUCCCUUUUCCUCCCAAUGACGCAGAACGCUGGACGUCUCCGCUUGUCUUCGCUAGUGACGAAGACGCAGAAGGGGACGAGGGAACCAUUUAGCGUUGUCUUUGUGUUUCCGUCGAAGUAUUUAUUAUUGCUGCUGCAAGUUAGGAAUUGUUGUCGUCGUGUGCUGUAUACUGCAUUGCUCGUGUGUGUGUGUGUGUAUGUGUGUGUGUGUGUGUGUUUAUUUCUCUCAACUCAGGCUGCCUACGUGAGCUGUUUGGUUUGUUUUGUGUACGUAUGUGUGGCGUUGUGUAUUUGUGCUGGUUGGUGGUUGUUUGUUUGCACUGUUUGUUUUUGCUGAUUGUUGAUGUUGUUUGUUGUUGCUGGUUGUACUUGUGCUACACAUUUUCAUCUCCCUCCCUCGCCAGCAACUUUUAAUGUGUGUUCAAGCGUCUGUAUGUUAUUUUUUAAGAGUGUUCGUCUGUAUCAUAAACAUUAAUUUUUUCAUGUCACCUA